AUGAAGCUGGCCAAGCGCCUUGCGCGUUACCUGAAUGACACGCGUGCCUACAAGUUUCGCACAAAGCUAGUAAAGGAUUUCAAAGGCAAGAUCCAGCUCGAGGCGUACUCGGACGCCGACUUUGCGGCGGGGUAA